GGCACUGUUCCCCCAACCUUCCCCGCUGUCCUGCCGGAUUGUGACACSCAGGAGCUACAGAAGAUGGUGAACCUGCCCGCCGCCCCACCGGCGCUGGUGUUGAGGACRUGGCUGGGGCUCGGGCUCUUGGUGCUGCUCUGCCUUGGGAAAGGCCAAGCUCUGCAGGAGAAAGUCAUCAGAAGCAAAGUGGGGGAAAAGGUGAGCCUGCCCUGCUGCCAUGAGAUCCCCAGYUCGGAAAGCCUGCACAAGUACCGGGUGUACUGGCAGAAGAACAUCACGGACGUGGUGCUGGCCUACUCGGAGGGGAACAUGAUCUCCAAGCACGAGCGCUACCAGCAGCGGACGGAGAUGGACCCCCGGAACCUCACACUGUGGAUCUCGCCCGUGGAGAUCCUGGACAAUGGCUCUUACCAGUGCGUGGUUCAGCGCAACUCCAUGGUUGUGUGUGGCCAGUCUGUCACCCUCUUCGUGACAGCUGACUUCAGCAAUCCCAACAUAACGGCAGAAGUAACGGCUGAUUCUUGCGACUUGACUGAGAUGGUGAUAGUGUGUUCUUCUCACGGAGGUUUCCCCAAGCCCAAAAUCUCUGGAGCCCUCAACAAUGUGUCCGUGGAGUGGAAUGCCAGCUGGGUGUCCAAGUCCAGCCUCAGCCCAUACAACGUCACUGGAAAACUGCUGCUCAACGUGACCAAAGAUGUCAACAUCACUUGUUCUGUUGAACACAAUGGCGUUGUCAAGUCCACCAGUUUGUUUCUAAAAAAAACCAACAACUGUGUUGUUCCUCCUGUGCCUCCACCUUAUAAUGUCAUUACUGCUUCAAUUAUCAUCGUUAUCAUCUUCAUUCUGGCUAUCACCCUGGCAGCAAGAUACCUCCCAAGGCACAUUUGUUCUCACUGUUGUAAGCACCAGGAUUCAGUGGAAGAGGGUGUGAAAGAAGGCACAAWGCCAUCUGUGAGCUCUAAAGGGACACAUGAAACAUCAUCUGUAUGACCAGAUCACAUUGCAGGUUCUUCACCCUGUGCAUUCCACACUGCAGACUCCACCGUUCGUUGUGCAGCAAUGCUUGUGGCAUGGACCCUUCAGCUCUCUGCAAGGGGGUGACAGCGGGAGAAAAACUGCCCACCGUGACUGACAUCACCUCCUGUGAACGCAUGCAAACCUCCACCCAGGCCACACAAGCUGUCAGGUGGCCUCGUUACAAUGGGGUCGCUGGGAUUCCAACUGGGAGGCCCCUCCGUGUUCCUGCAGCAGGGCAGAAGGAUGUGACCAGUGACACACAGGUCAGGACCUCAGGAACCUCUGGCUUGAUGCUGCCUCUGUGUCAGGGGCCUGCAGAGCCCUWGCAGGGAGCCCAUGGCCAUCCACCCCUUCAGUAACACGGAGCUGCCCUUGGAUACCCCAACACACAAUCUCAUCAGUUUGUGCCUCCCUGUUGCCUUGUUGGGGGCAGCCAAAACUCUUUUAUUCAGCCUCACUCAAGUAUCUGUUCCUCAUGCUGGAGGACUUUGGAUUUUGACUCUACCAUUACAGAUACAUGUCACUUCUCCCCUAAAGAGGCAAUAAUGGACAUAUUUUUAAUGAAAAAAACCCACCUUGGAAGAGAGUCUAUACGUCUCAUGCUUAUUUGCAGCGCURCAAGACUUUUUAUAGACUGAUACACACUGACCGCACCCCCAAGAGCUAAUUAAUAUUGCUUAUCUUCAGCAGUGGCACAAGUUCUCAUAACCUUUCUCUCCUGAAAGGACAGCCUUGCCAUUCCUUCCCCCACAACUGUAAAGCCCCACUGGAAUUUGUGUGAYAGUCAGUGGUUAUCUUGUGUGUAUCUACUGUAAUCAAAUGGAACUCGGGCCCUUGCUUUAUAAACAGGGGUCUGCUUUUGUGUGUACCUCUGCCUAGGGAUGCUUGUUAGGGAAAGCUCUGCAGAUUUUUGGGAGUCUCUCACAGCAACAUAAGGACAUUUACUUUGCACUGAACAUUGCUGCUUUCUGCCAGUGUUCUCUCUACCCAGCCAGGACUAGAAGGAAUCUCCCUACAGGAUGCUAACAUUGGACAAGACUUGUCUGAUCCGGGUGACAUUCUUGCCUACUGUGUAGGAAAAAACCGUUUCUCAUUUUGAGGGGAAAGGAGGAAAAUGCCCCAACCCCCAACAAGCUUCCUAAGCAACUCUGCAUACUAACCUAACUCAACCCUGCCCUGAGUUUGACUGGAAUGUUUUUCCCUUUUGCUCUGCAAGCUAUACCCAUUCCUUCACUGUUCUAUCCAAGUUAUCACAGCAAAUCAAAGUCUGAAAGCAUGAUGCUGUCCUCUUUGUGGGAUGUGUCAUUGCUUGAGCUGUUUAUCUUCCUAGGGCACAACAAAGACAUAUGCCAUCCAUUUCAUUUUUUUUUCUAGUUGGUACAUACUGAGACAUUGCUGGAGAAAAUAGGAGGAUUAAAAGUGGUUUAUAGACUAUUGAGCUUAGAGAUUAAGUGAAAAAUAARACACUGCUCCCUUUCUACUCCUGCAGAGUCAUGCUGUCCCAUUACCUUUUUACUGCUUUCCCAUUGUACUAAGUGUAAUGGGAACUUCAGAACAUUCUAACGGAGUUUUUGACAGGGAAAAGGAGGUAAGCUGGGGGAUAAGGAAACAGUACCCUUUGCACUUGUAUAUUCUGGCUGCUAACAGGACACAGGUGACAGAAAUCAGGGUGUUUCCAAAAGGCAGCCUGAUGCUAUUGCAGGACUUGGUUCAUGAGUGAUGCAUCUCAUUGUUUUCAGGCUUCCUGUUCUUUCAGCCUGUGCUUGUUCCUUCCAGCACAAACCACCAGAUUCUUGCAGGUUGACCAUCCUCUUUUGUCAUUCACUUCCAACUUUGCUCAUUUCCAACACUGUCUUUCCCUAUAACCACACUGCAAUUACACCUUGCCAGUCCCAGCACAGCUCUGACAGUUGUAGCAGCCUGUUUUCCUGCUGACCAUCCCAUGCUCUCUACUUUUGCUYCUGACCACAGAUUGCGCAGCCUUCCAGAGAAGGGUUUGUCUUUUGCACUGUGCCAAACCUUUCARCUUCACCAUAGACUCCAGUAACACUUUCAGUAACUCCUUCUAAAGAAAAUCAAAAGUUUCCUUUAGAAAAUAUGACAAAUAUCUCAGGCAUCAGGUUGUUUUUAUAUUCUUGAUGGACAGGUUAUAUAGUUAAUUUUUUCAUUAAGCACUAAUACUCUGGAUCAUGUUUUCUACUGCCUUAUGCUGUAUUCAGUGAACUGCACACAAAUGGUUUCUGUGAGACCUCCUCAGCUUCGUAUCUGUGUCAUUGUGCAGGUGAGCUGCUCUGUUCACCACGGGUGUUUUGUGUAUGUUUUUUUUUUUCC